UGCAAGGUCCCGUAUGCUAACACACACACACACAUUUAGCGGGAAAUUUUAGCAAGAUGGCGUCGAAGAGACCCAGGUCCAGCUUAAAAAGUCACUUUCAUUCAAACAAGAAAAGUAAGUCCGGCGCUAAUGGCGAACCAGAUGAAGAAAAUGGAGACGGAGGUUUCGUGGAUGGUGCAAUAGUGCGAGUUAAGAUGCGAAAUUUUGUGACAUAUGGAGACUGCGAGUUUCGACCAGGACCUCACUUAAAUGUCGUCUUAGGACCAAAUGGUACUGGUAAAUCAUCUAUUGUCUGUGCAAUGUGCCUUGGACUUGCUGGUCCAGCAAAGCUGCUUGGUCGAGCGACUGAGGUUCGAGAUUUCAUUAAACAUGGAGCAUUUCAAUGCAUGAUUGAGAUUGAACUGCACAAUUCAGAUGGCAGGAAUCACACAAUAACCAGAGAUAUAUUCAGGGAGGACAAUCGAUCCACCUGGAAGAUUAAUGGCAAAACAACCACCAUGAAAGAGGUUCAAGAGUUGACAAAAAAGUUGAAUGUACAAAUUGCCAACCUUUGUCAGUUCCUGCCUCAGGUAUGAAGAAAUCUACAAUCGCACACAGUUUAUACAUGUAAAUUAUUCAUUCUAGCAUUAAGAAGUGCAGUGUACAUGUUUGAAUGCACAGAAACUCAAAGGUUUGUAUUAAACAUUGUACUAGUUGCAGUGGGCAUUUCUUUUAUCUAUAACGCUUACAAAUUUGUAUACAGUACUUGUAUAUUUGACUGACUAACAGACAGACAGACAGAUUAAAUGACUUACUGACUGACUAUUGCUUGACUGACUGACUGACUGACCGACUAACUGACCGACUGACUGACAGACUGACUGAUGGAAUGACGGACACACAGACUGUCUGACAAUCAGACAGACAGAUAGAUUAAACAAGUUUAACUGACUGACUUCUGAUUACUGACUACUGACUACUGACUA